AUGGAAGGUUUGAUUCCGUUUUUGUACAAAGCAAUGGUUCUGUAUAAAAGAGAAGGAAGCUUUUCGUCGGUUUUGCUAAGCGAUCAUCACUCUCCUUCUACAUCCGGCUACUACAUGAGACUUCCCGGCGAUUCCUCCGGUAGAUUUCGAACGUCCGAUCUCCGGCGAUUUGGGACAGAUCGUCUUGGAUUGCUCGAAACCGCGUCGUCUUCUUCACCAUCUUGUGUUCCAACUAGGAACAUCACCAAACGUACGUAG